CGUCACCAUAGUGUUAGAAAUAAAGCUUGAAUGAAUAAUUACGUCAUUCUUUGGGUUGGAGAGUUUUGUGAGAAAUGACGCAAGCUUUCGGAAGUUUCCUUUCGGUGAACAGAAUGUCCCAUCGAAGAGUCGGAAGACUUUGAAGUUUGAAUGAAUCAUCUUUGCCAAAGCCACCCAUUACCCAACCAUGAAUAUGGACUCCUCCCCCGGCGAUGGGAUUUGCAGUACGUCGUCGUUUUCCUUCUGGUCAGCCAUAACCCACCAAAGGCACGACGUGUUCUUGAGUUUCAGAGGCGAAGACACCCGCCACGGCCUCACCAAAGACCUCCACCAAGCUUUAACCGAGGCUAACAUUGCCACUUUCAAAGACGACAUUAAUCUCGAGAAGGGCAGAGAGAUCGCUUCAGAGCUUUUCAAAGCCAUCCAAGCCUCCAGAAUUGCGGUUGUCGUUUUCUCCAGAAACUACGCCACUUCUGGGUGGUGCCUUGAUGAGCUGGUGAAGAUCAUCGAGUGCAAACACGUAGACGGUCAGAUCGUGAUCCCGGUGUUCUGUGAUGUUAGCCCAGAUGAUGUUUUCCACCAGAUGGGAAGCUUUGCCAAGGCUUUUGCUAGCCACGAAGAGCGGUUUGCAAUGGAUUCUGGUAUGGAGAACAAGAUUGGUAAAUGGAGAGCUGCGUUGACUGAAGCUGCUUCUAGCUCGCCUGUUUGGGAUUUGCAGACUAAUGAUGUCUCUCAGUGGCAUGUAUCAAAGUUUUUAGAGGAGAUUGUGAGCCAAAUUUCAUGUAGACGCCAAGAAGCGCACAUGUGUCUCCAUCUUCGACCUCAAACUGACGAUUAUGGCAAAGACUAUCUAAACCUCUUGCUAAGUGCAAUGUCAGAUGAUGUUCUUGUUAUAGGCCUACAUGGAACCAACAAUUUAGGAAAGACAGACAUUGCGAAAGCUGCAUAUAAUAAGAAUUUUCUUCGCUUUAAGGGUAGCUGUUACUUGGCAAAUGUGAGUGCAGUUUCAAAAAAACCAAAUGGACUUGUACAUUUACAAGAACGAUUACUUUCUGAUAUCUUAAUUGAGAGUGAUGAUGAUAUUCAAAUAGAAGAUGUUAGCGAAGGAAUUAAGAUGAUUCAAACUGAAUUACAACGAAGAAGAGUUCUUGUCGUUCUCGAUGAUGUGGAUUCGCUGGAGCAAUUAAAUGCGUUAGCCAGGAAGCGUGAUUGGUUUGGCCCAGGAAGUAGAGUUAUUAUUACCACAAGAGAUGCAAAAUUGUUGAGCGUUCUCGAAGCAGGUGAUGUAUAUGGGCCACAAGGCAUUCAGGUUAUUAGGGACAAGUAUGAAAAAAAUCUUGAAACAAUUAAGGAACUUGAGGAACUUAUUCAAAAGAUAACAUUUCAGGGUAAAAGAAAAGAGAGAUUCCUUUUGGCUGAAAUAGAAAGAGAGAGGAGGCAGACUGCAUAUCAGGUAAAGGCAAAAGAAAGUUGGACCAUCCUUGAGUUGGAGAGCUUAGGUGACGAUGUGUACAUAUGUAGCUACUCGACCACCAUGACCGAGGUUUGAAUGAGAGGAACUAGGGCUAAAUCAUGUUUUGCCGCUUAGAUCGACUGGUUGUAAAUAUUUUCUUGUAAUAGACCUUUAAAUUAUAUUUUUGGGAUCCCAAUGUAUACAGUAAAUCUUAACCAAAAUUUGUAAUCCCUAAACUGCUAAUUAUACUUAGUUACACGUUUAUGGCCAAAUGACUCGACUAGCGAGUUUUGCACUGUUUGCAAUGUGCACCGUAACGGUUCCUGGAGUUUAGGGCAUUUCAAUUUGGUAUCAGAGUGAGCCAAGGUUUAUGGUUCCUGAAGACAAGCUGGGCAUGUACACUUGUCACUGAAGAUAGCUUCACUCAGGGUAUGGUAACUAUUUCUGUAGUUAUGUGCUUAACUGCUUAAAUAGAAUGUAAAUGCUUUACCUGCACAUUGUAUUAGGGAGCAUGAGAUUUUGAUAGAGCAUGGCUCUUGACUAUAUGAUUAUAUGCUCAGUGAUUAUGUAUAUGAUUGUGAUCAUAUGAUUACCUGCUCCAUGAAUAUAUAAUUGUAAUAUUUGCAUGCUGGAGUUGGAGGCAUGGUAUGAAUGUUGGAAGAGCAGGGAUUAUGAUUGAUGUAUGAAUGCCAUGGGCAUGUUUUUAGCACUGCAAGUGGUUUGUGGUUAUGGUGUGGUAAGAUUGUUCCUGUGGGGAAAGCUCUUGAUAUGCUCAUAAUGAUUAAUGAGUCAAGUUAUUGACUGCAGAUUCAAUCAGCAGUUUUAUAGCCAAGGCAGAUAAUGAGGCCUGGUGGUGGUUAUACAGAGGCUGGGAGUUACAGCCAGGGUAUCAGUUCUUCAUCUGCUCCUAUGAAUUUUCAGCAGAUGAUCACAGAUUUGCAAUCAAGAUUGCAGAGGCAUGAGGAAGAGAUUAGGUGUUUGAAGCAACAGCGGAAUCUGUUGGGGAGCACUUCUUCCUUUGUUAUGCCAGGAGUAGCACCAGCUUUGGCUCAGCCUAGGGUUGAGAACAGAUGAGAAUUUCUCUGUGGAAUUUUCCAGGAAUAUUACCCUCCAGUCUUCGAGGGAGGUCUUGAUCCAUUCGGAGCUGAGCAAUGGAUGGCCAUGAUCAGUUCCAUUCUUGAUAGUAUGGGGCUGGUAGGUCACGAUAGGGUGGCUUGUACGACAUAUGUACUGCGGGAUAAUGCCCGGACGUGGUGGGAAGUAGUAUCCCAGACACGAGACACAGCUGUGGUGGAUUGGAAAGAAUUUAGGCAGCUGUUUAAUGAGAACUAUUACUGUGAUGCAGCUAAGACCGCUAAGAUGAAUGAGUUUCUGAAUCUCGUUCAAGGAGAGGCAACAGUAGCCGAGUAUGUUAGCAAAUUUGAUGGGUUAGCCAAGUUCGCUUUGGACAUGGUACCCACAGAUAUAGCUCGGAAGGAAAAGUUUGUUCAGGGAUUGAAUCUUGGAAUAGCUCAGGGCAUUAGAGUUGCCCCAGUGCAUGAAGUCUCUACCUAUGCCCAGGUAGUGGAAAAGGCUCUUGUUGUUGAGAGCAUAAGAAAUGAGAAGAAGAGUGCUAGGGAGCACGGAGCUCAGAUAGUGGUAUCUCCACUUAUUGGAGCAAGCAAGAAGAAGAGCUGGAAGACUUACCCAGAAUGCGCUCGGUGCUGGAGGCAUCAUUUGGGAGAAUGCCGAGUAAGGGCAUGUUUCUUAUGUGACAUGGUUGGGCACUUCAAGAAGGAUUGCCCAAGGCAAAGAGAGGAAGAGCAAAAUGGGAUAGACAGCUCGGUUCCAACUCGAGUGUUUAUUCCGGGGCAGUUAGAGUCUGAGACUAAGACUAGUUCUUCAGGGGUGGCAGGUCAGUUUUCUAGUUCUGAGUUUUGAGUUAUGUUGAUUGAUUUUGGUGCCAUGUUAUUCCUUUGUUUGUUGCGUAUAUAGAAGCAUAGAGUCAUUAUGUAGAUGGCAUGGUUAUGUUGUGAUGGGAAGGCAAUACCGUAUUGGUGACUUAAGAGAUGAGUUGGGUUAUGAUAAAAAAGACUCAUCAGUGGUUUUGGUAAAGCUGGUUAUGACUGGCUUGGUAUGAUUCUGGGAUAUGGAUUGAUUAACCAAGUGUGGGGCAAUUUUAAAAUGGCAAGGAAAGUAUAGUAACUCUUGAGAUUGAGAGUGGGAAGCCUUGUGGCAGUUGACAAUGUGCGUGGAUUCUGUAUGCUUAUGAUAUCUGUAGUGAGAGCUGGAGUUUUAUUGCAGGGAGAUGCAUGAAACUCUUAGCUAGUGUGGUGGAUACCACUUAGAUUGUGCCAGUGAGAUCUGGACAGACUAGACUAAUCUGUGAGUUUCUGGAUGUGUUUCCAGGGGACUUAUCAGGGUUUAUUUUAUAUGAAAGGAGACUAGAAUGGUGAUUGGAUCAGUGCCAGGGAUGAAAUUAGAUGUAAGCACUAUUUUGAAUGGCCCAGCGGAGUUGUAAGAAUUAAAGGUUCAAUUAUUGAGUAAGAUGGAAUUCUCUAAGGUGGAUCUUGGAUCUGGUUAGUACCAGUUAGAGAUCAGAGAGGAAGUUAUAUAAAAGAUUGUGUUUGUAUCAGAUACGAGCAUUGAGAGUGCUGAAUAUGUCUUGAAAAUUAGUUUAAUGCCAAGUGUUUAUAAGUCAGAUGAGCAGAGCAUUCAAAGGUUUAUUUGAAUGGGAAUUUGUGAUCAUCUUGGACGAUGGUAUUGUGGUGUUUUCUCAGCGGAAAUUUGCCAAGGCUAAGGAACGCCUUAGGGGCAGGAGUGUCCUUGGGUGGUAAGGAUAUUACAGGUGCCUUGGUAAAGAGUUUUGAGUCUUCUUACAGAUCAGAAUCAGUUUGUAGGUCGUUAUGACAUCUCAGUGACAGAGAAAAGUAAUUGCCUAAGCAAUAUGUUGGUUAAAGCAUCUGACCAGAACUAGAGUAGAGUUUCUGGUGGGCCAGGUGACCAGUGUUAUGUUUGAGAUUAUUAUCUCAGAGAAGAUCAAAAGGAAAAUAACUCAGUGAACCAUAAAUAAGAAAGAUUGAACGGAAAGUCUUAGCUGGAUUAGCUAAGAGUUGUACAAUGUCAGGUAUGAACUUAUUAUGGUAUAAGGAUCAGAUUUGAAAUUCGAUGGACAUUGGGAUUAAUUGGGAAAUUUUGGACGAAUCUUAUGUUAUUCAGGCAUCAUGGAAAUGUAACAGGAUAUGAAAGCUUUAUAGUGGUGGCCUGAGAUGGAGAGGGAUGUAAUGGAAUAAGUGGUAAAGUUCUUAACCUGUUAGCAGGUCAAGACAGAGUAUCAGGAAUUAGCAAGGCCAUUGUAGCCUUUGAGUAUUUUAUAAUGGAAAUAAGAAAGUAUCGCAAUGGGUUUCGCGGUGGGAUUGCCAAGUUAGUGGGCCAGUAUGAGUUGGCAUUGAGUCAUUAUGGACCAGCAGUCCAAGUGAGUUUAUUUUUGUCAGUAAGGAUAAGUAACACAACUGAUCAGUAUUCAGAUCUCUUCGAGAGAGGAAGAGAGUUAUCCAGUGUUGAAAAGGUACCUUAUGAGAUAAGGUAUGGUAGAGCGUGUCCGCCACUCAUUCAUUGGAAUAAGAUGGGUGAGAUGUUAUAUAUCUGGAUCCUGAGGUGAUUCAGGGACUAUUGGGAUUAUUAGAGGGUGAAGCUUGGAUGCUCACUUCUCAGAAUAAAUGGAAAAGUUUUGUUGAAUUGAAAAGUAGGAACAUAGAGUUCCAGGUAGAAGAUUGUAUCUUCCUUAGAAGUAUCACCGUGGAAAGGGGAGAGGAGUUAAGGGCAAGUUGAGCCCUGUAUUGUUAUGACAGUUUGAACCCUGGAUAGGACUGGUUAGGUUGAUUUUGGUUUGACCUUAUCUUUGGCACUAUCAGGUAUAUACAGUGUAUUUUGUAUUUUCAUGCUGAGGACAUGGGUUGAAAGAAACUCAUGAGUUGAGUUAUGAGAAUCAAGGGAUUGAGGCUAAGUUAUCAUAUAAAGAAUAGCUAGUCCAGAUAUGAGAUAGAAAGAAAAAGGUUCUGAAGAACAAAGUGUACCAUGAGUUAAGGUAUGUUACAGAAACAUUAAGGUCGAGGGAACGACCUGGGAAACUGGAAUCAGUUGUACAGAAUUGACAUUCCGGCAGUUCAGAUAAAUUUCGAGAACGAAAUUUCUGUAAGGAGGGGAUAGUUGUAAUGCCCCAAAUUUCCUAAUAAGGUUUAGGACCUUGAUUAGGAGGCCGGGAGGACCAUAAUUGCUUUAUUAUGUUAUUAAAUGAUAAUAUGCAUGUUUAGGUGUAUUAAAUAUGCAUGUGAACUCAUUUUUGAGUAAUUGGGUGAUUUACAUAUUUUGGUCAUUUCAGGCAUAUUUGACAUAUAUGUGAUAUGUGUGUGGUGCUUUAUUAUUAUUUGGUUAUGCCAGGGUUACUCAGUACAAGACGAUCCUAGGAGGUAAGCUAGUGGGAAAGUCACAACGGGAUUUAUUCUUGACUCGGAGUGAGUCAAGGGGUAUUUAGAGCAUUACCGGGUUAUUGGGUAAUGGGAAUGAAUAUUUGGUGAUAAAUUGGGAGUUAGUAAGAUCAGGGGGAAAUUCUAGAGGUUUUGACUAUUUUGUCCCCGGGGGUGUUUUUGGGACCCCGAGUGUUAAGAUUUGGUUGAGGCUACUUAAGCUUGAAGUAACAUUUUAAAAGAAUAAAAGAACAUUAUGUACGUUCUCUCUCCCUCUAAGUUUCCUUUUCGUCUCCCGAUCGUAUUUUCGAAGGUAACUUGAGUUCUAGGACUCGGAUUUAAGCGAGGAUCGAGGCAUAGCGAUCUUAGGAAAGAUUAGAAGCUUAUUAGCCGAAGGAUUUAGUUGGAAACAACUCAAUUGGAGGUAAUUCAAGUUUUAUGUUUUAAGUUUUAAAGUUUUUAAGCUUGAAUUGGAUUUUGUGUUUUGAUGAGUUUUUGAUUGAAUUGAGACUUGGGUUUUAUGGGUUUUGGAUCAUGGGGAUGUUUGGGAACUUUGAUUUUGGGAUUUGGAGAUGUUUGGAUAGGUUUUUGGAAGGUUUUAAAAGUGGAAAAACGAGGAAAAGUGGCUGGUGCGAGGUUGGGCCGCGGCCUUGUUCUAGGGCGCCGUGGCCCUAGCUUGAUGAAGGUGGAGGAGGCUCUGCCAGGGGGCGGGUCGCGACAUGGUCCAUGGAGGGCUGCAGCCCUUAAGGAAAAAGUUGCCCAGAAUUGUGUUUUUGUGAUGGAAACUUGACUCUAAGAGCCUAGGAUGGAUCCUACUACCUAGUUGAGUGGGAUUCGACGUCUCAGAGGCUUGGGUUGGGUUUGGAAGUAUUUAUUUACCCAUUUUGAUGAGGUUUUAUAUCAUGGUUGUGACUAGGUUUUCGCUAGGGGCUUGGGAUCAGGAUCAUGCUUGUGGCUUAUUUAUUGGUAACCUGUGCUUGGACCUGAGGUAAGAAAACUUCACCCUGUGUAAAUGUGACAUGCAUGGCUAUUCUUGAUGCAUGUUGGAUGUUUAAAUGUGAUACAUGUAAUGCACGAGAAACAUGUGAUUAGGGCAUGCCAUGAGUCUUGGGUAUGGGAUUGUUCAGAGCUUGAGCCUCUGUGUUUAUGCAUGAUCCUAAUUGUGCUAGUAAUUAUUGAGUAAGCAUGUUGAAUGCCCUUUAUUUGGAUAUUUGACAUAUGAUAUAUGUUUGGUGGCAUUGCUUACUUGUAUAUGGUACUGACUAGUCAGGGAUACUGGCCUAAGAGUCAGAAAUGGCAUAGCGUCAUGAACGCAGGGCCAAAUGAAGAUCAGAUCUAACUGAUAUCAGCGUUGAAUGACUCUAGGAGCAUUAACGCUGGACCGACCCUAAGGUCGAUGAAUCCUAUAAGCGCUUGCCUAGUCUAAGACUAGUUACUAGAGCCAGGGCCUAAGGCCUAGGUGACUGCUUGUCACAUGGCUAGGGAAUAGAGUUCCAUGGUUAUGACUCUAUGGUCAUGAGGAAGGUUAUGUUGGUGACUAGUCAUCAUGCACCUAUCCUAUUUAAGCUAGUGAAAGACUCACUUAUCUAUAAAGCCCUGGUGACCCUAUCGUCACAUGGCUGUUGGGAAUAAACCCACCUAAGUGACUAUUACAACUGUCACUCUUCUAUUUAGGGCUAAAAGCCCUGUAUGAUUAUUAUGAUCAUUGGUUGAUGUGUUAUACUCAACAUUACGUGGACUCAUUUGCCUGCUUGACUAGGGCUAUAUCUGCUAGGCGUGUAACUUAUGAUUUGAUGACAUGUUAUUAAUGUUCAUGAGCAUAUUAAGUUUUCUUGCUGGGCUUCGGCUCACGGGUGCUAUGUGGUGCUGGUAAAGGAAAAAGAAAGCUGGACCAUCCUUGAGUUGGAGAGCUUAGGUGACGAUGUGUACAUAUGUAGCUGCUCGACUGCCAUGGCCAAGGUUUGAAGGAGAGGAACUAGGGCUAAAUCCUGUUUUGCCGCUUAGAUCGGCUGGUUGUAAAUAUUUUCUUGUAAUAGACCUUUAAAUUAUAUUUUUGAGAUCCCAAUGUAUACAGUAAACGUUCUAGUGAAACGUUAUAUCUUAACCGAAAUUUUUAAUCCCUAAACCGCUAAUCAUACUUAGUUACACGUUUAUGGCCAAAUGACUCGAUUAGCGAGUUUAGCACCGUUUGCAAUGUGCACUGUAACGGUCCCUGGAGUUUAAGGCGUUACAUGCAAUGUGUGCCUUGAGCUUUUGGUACGCCUGUUUGCACUCUUCUAUCCAUUCAAACCUCUGACAUACUCAAAGAACAUUGAAGAAAGAGAAGCACUUGUCUGUUGCCUUGGGGACAAAACGGCUCAAAGUUGUGAUCCUUCCUGUCAGACUUUGAACUUAUUUAUGUUUCCGGGGAGAUGACAUUUUUAUUAGAGCCUUGAUCUUCUUGGGGUUCGCCUCAAUCCCCCGAGCACUUAUGAUGAAACCUAGGAACUUACAGGAGGCAACCCCAAAUGUGUACUUUUGGGGGUUGAGCUUCAUCCCGAACUGGCGUAGCACCACAAAGACUUCAGUCAGGUUGCCCACGUGGUCUAGGGCGGUCCUAGACUUUACCAACCUAUCUUCCACAUAGAUCUCCAUGUUCCGACCCAAUUGGUUUUUGAACAUCUUGUAACUAGCCUCUGGUAGGUGGCGCCAACAUUUUUCAACCCGAAAGGCAUCACAAUGUAACAAUAGACACCCUUGUUGGUUCGAAAGAUAGUGUACUCCUGAUCGACGAUGUGCAUGGAUAUCUAGUUAUAUCCUAAGUAUGUGUCCAUGAACGACAGCAACUCGUAACCAGAGGUGGUAUCAAUCAUUUAUCUUGGGGAGCGGAAAGCAGUCCUUCGGACAAACCUUAACAAGGUUCGAGAAAUCGAUGCAUGUCCUCCAAAUGCCAUUCGGCUUUGGCACGAGGACAGGGUUGGAUAGCCACUUGGGAUAUUGGGAUUUUUGGAUAAACCCGUUGGAGAGGUGCUUGUCCACUUCAGCCUUGAGGGUCUCUUUCCGAGUUUGAUCAAAUGCACGUUGCUUCUGCUGGACAAAAGCAAAACUAGGAUCGAUAUUCAAGGCAUGGCAUAUGAUAUUCGGAUCAAUACCAGUCAUGUCGAAAUGUGACCACAUGAACACGUCUUGGUUUUCUCGGAGGAAGCUCACCAAUGUCUCACGGACUUCCGUUUUCAAACUUCCCCCCAACUUUUUCUUUCCUGUCAGGGCUGGAGGCAUCAAAAACUACCUCCUCCACCUCCUCUAUUGGUUAAAUGGACCUCUCAUAUUGAACCCUUGGGUCUAACUCGUCGGGCCCCGACUCCUGGACAACUUGUACCUGCGAGGCCUCGAACUUCUCGAGACCUUCCUUCCUUACCAUCAUCAUUGGAGCCUUAAGAGAGACAUUGUAGCGCUGUCUCGCCUCUUUCUAGUUACCACGGACUAUGGCAACACCUGCAUCCAUGGGGAACUUCAUACACAGAUGACAGAUGGAGGUGAUGGCCCCAAACUCCACCAAUGCAGGUCAUCCCAAGAUGGCGUUGUAUGCCGAGGAACAAUCCACCACCACGAAGGUGCAGCAUUUGAAUGUUUGGCGAGGUACCUCUCCAAGCGUCACAGGGAGCUUUAUCUGCCCCAUCGGGAUGAGGGCUUCUCCGGAGAAUCCAUAGAGUGUCGAGGCGCACGAGGACAAGUCUGUCAUAGUCAGCCCUAUCAUCUCGAAGGCUGACUUAAACAGGAUAUUCACUAAACUCCCGUUGUCUACUAGAAUUUGUUCCAUGUAUUCGGAGAAUAUUAUGACUUGGUCAGUCAUUCGUGGCAUUUGGGCAUGUAGCUGGGCCAAAUCCAUGACCUCAUCAUCAUGAUUCAAAGUCCGUGCAUACCUAUUCUACGAGCCUCGAGAAUUCUCCCAAGUGAGGCCCUCCUGAGAUGGUUCCUACCCGCCCGUUUACUGGGGGAGGUCCUUGGGCCACUAGAUAUUGGGGGCUACUGGAGCUGCUGCUGGAGCCUGUGGUGUAAUUGGUGGUACCACCGCUCCUGCCACGAGAGGAUGUGUUGGACACGCUCCUCCCUUAGCAUAUUGAUGGAGGUGUCCCAGCUUGAUGAGAUUCUCAAUCUCAUCCUUGAGUUGGUGGCACUCAUUUGUGUGGUGCCCUAUGUCGUUGUGGAAACGAAAAAAUUUGUCAGGGUCCCACCUAUCCCUGUCUCUUCAAAUGGGUUGUAGCUUCCUGUAAUGAACGUGCUGUGCCAUGGCCACGAAGAUUUUCUCUCAGGAGUCUACCAAGUCAAUGUACUCAGAAUACUGCGAGACGUACUUCUCGCCUGAUGUGACUCCCUGCUCGGGCUGUGUGGUUUCACUUCCUCUGGGUUUGCGGCCUUUACCCUUCCCUUCGCGCCUUGUGUCGUUGGGAGCU